AUGGAUAGCCCUUUAUAUCCUCCCACGCUGUCUGAGAUGGAAGAACCAGAUUGGUUGGAUCUCGCUGCUAAUGCAUCUGCUGAGAAUCAAUUUCCAGUGGAUUCUUGCAAUGCGCCCUCCUCACUGGCCCCUCCGCCACCACCGCCCGUUGCAUCACUGAUUACCACGGUCAAACCUGCAUCGCAUUCAAGUACUUCGAUUCAAGAAAAACCAUGGAAGCAUGAGGGAUAUCAGGCCUACUGUAAGCUCUUGGCUUCCGAGUCUGACCUUUUCAUUGCCCGUCGGUUUAAGAGCCUCAACGUCCGGGUGGCCCUUCGCAUGCAAGACGAAGUCUCAAGGCUGGAAGAGCAGCUCCUCCACGUGGAAAAGGAGAGCCGCGAGCACAAGGACGUAGACAACGGCACAUUCAGACAAGACAUGGUAGCCGAGAGAUCUCAGCUCUUAGACCAGAUCUCGACGUCGCUUUAUCGUUAUAACAAGUUCAUUAUUCAACAGACCGCCCUGCUCAACUAUCCGACAGUUCCUCCCUGGGACAUCAAGAACCUCAAAACCUGGCACAAAAACCAUGACAAUGAAGCAAUAUCUCAGGAGGAAAUGGCUUAUCUUGACCACACGGAGGACCUCAUCCCCCUCGCCCCGCGAGACAAGACGCCGCUGCGUCGGGCAAUGGACAAAUUCUUAUUCUUGCGCACGCUUCCUUUCUGGAGGGACAAAUCCAGGAAUAACACCCGGGAUAUAGAAAUGGGAAGAAGCAACGAUGGCACCAGCUCCGCCGACCAGCUGCCAGAUGGCUCGGAAACUGCGGUGAAUUUCUACAGCGAUAAGACCAUGGAUCAUUUCGUGUCCAUAGUGACCGUCACAUCCGGUCUGGUGAUGCUGGUCGUGCCCAUUUGGGUGCUCCACGGUCUAGUCGACGCCUCGAAGAAACUGGGCGUCAUUACCGCUUUUGUUCUUGCUUGUUUACUCUUUACGAGCUUUGCCAUGACACCACGGCCUUUGGAAGCCCUGGGAGCAACGGCGGCGUGA